CCAGCACACACGAGCACCCGGACAAAUGAUUCUGAUGUACAGGAAGUUGAGUCGCAUUUUCUCUUGUAGAAGCUUGUCGCAUAUUUUCAUCGUUAAAAUAUUAUUUGUUUGACCUUUUACUUAUUUCAUUUGUAUGAGUUAAAAUACAGUUCCCAAUAUGUUGAUUAAAGUUAAGACCCUCACAGGCAAAGAAAUAGAAAUUGACAUCGAGCCUACAGACAAGGUGGAGAGAAUUAAAGAGAGGGUGGAGGAAAAGGAGGGCAUCCCACCACAACAGCAAAGACUGAUUUACAGUGGAAAACAAAUGAAUGAUGAGAAAACAGCUGCAGACUAUAAGAUACAGGGAGGAUCUGUUCUGCAUUUAGUUCUGGCUCUCCGAGGAGGAGAAGAUCUUCAUUGUCCCAGCGGUCAUCCCGUGUCUUUCGUGUAGGCUUGUACAUUUGAGAGGUUUUUCUUGUUAUGUCUAUAAGAACAGAUUUGCCAAAAUGCCAGUGAACAUUUGGCCAUGUUUAAAUCAGGGGUGGGCAUUCUUGGUCCAAGACCGCCACUGUCCUACAAGUUUAGCUUCAACCCGAAUCAAAUACACCAUUUCCACAUAAUCCUGUCAGGUGUGUUUGAUUAGGUUUGGAGCUAAAUUUGGCAGAACAGUGGCCAUCCAGGAUCACGAAUGCCCACCACGGUCUAAUUGUUAUUAGUGUUGCAUAGGAUCCUUGUUUAAGUGGGCUUAAUGCAGAUGCAUUCUGAACACUGUUUACAACCUGAAUGUGAAUUUGGGUUAAAUAUGUUUGAAGUUUAUCUCCAUGUUUUUCCAUGGCGUACAGUUGCAGUAUUUGACAGUCUCGCACUGGGAGAGAAGUUUUAUUUCUGUUUCAGUGUAAAGCCUGCUUUCUUUGAAAC